AUGGCAACCGCCAAGUUUCUCGCCGCCGUGUGCAUGGUUCGACUAACCCUGACCGCCAUAGCGGCUGCGUUCGACUCUCCGGAGGUGUACGUGGCCAGCCACAAUGAUGUGCGUGCGGAGUAUGGCGUUGGGCCUGUGACUUGGAACCAGACAUUGGCCUCCUAUGCUCAGGUUUCAGCAAAUUCAGCAAUUACUACAUGCGAGAUGAGGCAGUCGUCUAGCGGACCGUAUGGCCAAAACUAUCUAGUCGAACCCGAAACUGCGAUAACAGAGGAGUUGGCCGUGACAUAUUGGGCUAGUGAGAGCGAGUUCUAUGACUACAGCUCCAAGAAGUGCGUCGGAGGCGAGUGUGGCCAUUUUAAGGCUGUGGUGUGGAGGGACACCGAAUCCAUUGGUUGUGCAAUGGCAAACUGCAAAAAGUACAUGCUUUUUAUCACGUGUAACUACUAUCCUCCAGUAGGGGUGUUCACAGGACGAGGAUUAUGCACUGCGGUUGCAAUGGGCGCAUCUGGGCAAAAAUCUACAGAAAAUUUAAUGCAACUCAAACUCAUGAACGAAUUCAAAAUCGUCCAUCAACAUUAUCGUCAAGAUUAG